AUGAAGAAGCGGAAGUCGACGUAUACAGCACGAAGAGAGGAGGCCGAGCAGCUCCGUCAAGAGGCGCAGCGUCUGUCGUCCGAGCUAAAGGAGCUCCAGCUCCGCUCGCUUCCUCCUCAAGAUGUGGUGCUGCUGGACCCGGAGGUGCAAGCUCUAGUGGCGGACAAUAGAUUGAUGAUGUCUGUGGCCAAGGACCAGCAGCUUAAAGAGUCGCACCCGCUGUAUACGCGGAUCUGCCUGACGAGGGACUGGGAUGAACGCCGGGCGACUUUAAUGUCCGUGCGCGAGCAAAAGCUGCAGAACGCUUAUGACUUUCUGAUGACAACCGGGAGGUCGGUCAAGCCCCACACAUCGGACCAUCGCUACGAGACGUCAAACGGAGACAUCUGCGGGAUGCACAGUGAGACGAUGCACUUUCCGGUGGUGGAAAGCUUAGAGAAAGUGUGGGAAGCGGUGCUCUUCCACUACAGCAACAUCGAGAUUGAUAUUUCGGCGAGGUUGGGCCACACAACAGUGAGAGACGAGUAUGACACCAUCGCUGGAAGUGUGAGCAACAUCCGUGUCCUAUCGCAUUCGGAGAACUACACGCUUGUUGAGAGCAGCAUCGCUACAUUCUCGCACUUGUUUACUGGGAAGAAGGAAGGCGAGGCGGUCGGCGUUCUGGCGCUCGACUGCAUUGACGAAGAUGAGCUGUACCCGUAUUUUCCGAGUGAACGAGUUCGGCUUGAUACCUCGGGAGCUAUCGUUUUGAAGGCUAGUAGGCGACCCAUGGACGGCGCUGGUGAGCUGGUAGUGACGCUGCGGCGCGCUGCGUUCGUGAAACUUCAUAGUCCUCAGUUCCCCGUGUCUGAAGUUACGUGGCAGGAACUUCAGGCGGGAGUCGAGCGAUGGGGAGACGUUUUGAUGAAGACAAUCCGGAGCUACGUCAACGGAGCUCCAUAA